UGGCGGCGGCUGGCCGGGUCGAGCCGAGCCGGGCCGCAGCUGCGGGAGUGGGCAGGUGACGGGGAAGGGGACGGUUUAGCGGGCGGCCGGCGCCUCGGGGCGCCGCUCAGGCAUGACCCGCACCGUGCUGUUGGUGCUGGCGACCUGCGCCUGGCUGGGCCCGCGGCCGGCGCCGUGCCAGGAGGCGCCGCCGCCGCAGACCCCCGACUGGCGGAUGACGCUGAAGACCAUCCGGAAUGGAGUGCACAAGAUCGACGUGUACCUCAACGCGGCGCUCGACCUCCUGGGCGGCGAGGACGGCCUCUGCCAGUACAAGUGCAGCGACGGAUCAAAGCCCUUUCCUCGCUAUGGAUAUAAACCAUCACCACCAAAUGGUUGUGGAUCCCCUUUAUUUGGAGUUCAUUUUGAUAUCGGUAUCCCGUCAAUGACGAAGUGCUGCAAUAACCACGACAGAUGCUAUGAUACUUGUGGUAAUACAAAAAAUGAUUGUGAUGAGCAGUUCCAGUCCUGCCUCUCCAAAAUUUGCAGAAAUGUGCAAAAAACACUUGGAAUCUCAGAGAGUGUCCAGGCUUGUGAAUCAACUGUUCAGCUGUUGUUUGAUGCGGUUAUACAUUUAGGAUGUAAACCAUACCUGGAUAGCCAGAGAGCUUCAUGCAUGUGUCGUUACGAGGAUAAGACAGAUCUCUGAAAGAAGGUACAGAGAUUUCAUGGUGUAGAAUAAGUCAAAAACUGAUCUGAAAUGAAGCAAGUGUUUGGUUACAAAGUUUUAUGCUUUUCAGGCAGUAAUAUAUUAGACACUGACAUGAAUAUACUGGUUUGAAAGUCACUGUGAUAUUCUUCUGAUGUAAAAACUGAAACAAGGCUUCUUUUCUCCUCCCUUUAUGCCAGAAGCUUGAAACUGUAAUUAGUUUCCUUUGGUGUAUGUCCACUCAGGGUAUGCUAUUUUAAAACACUACUUUAAAAUUUUGAAGAAAACUCCAUGAUAGGGAAAUCAGAGGUGCAGAAGAGUUGUAUUGAAUUCUCAGUUGACUUUUAAUAUAGGUCAAAUUUUAGGUUUGCUCGCAGUUGAUGCACCUGAUAGAUCCUGCUUGUGGUACAGCUGCCUUCAGUUCUCUCGGAUUCCUGUGGAUUUGUUACUAAAACAAACAAACAAAACCAAACAAACCCCCCCCAAGCCUUGAGCAAGGGUGUACAUCUGCACAACGUAUAUCUGCCUGAAUCUACAUCAACCUUACUUCUGCAGGACUUUUCUUAUCAAGUAUGUUGAUCCUUUUAAGGCUUGACCACUGAAAUGAACAGUUUGCAACCUAAGGAUGUACUUUUAAUUUGACAAAAUGGUGGAAUGUAGUUAUGUUAUUUUAAAAAUAAAUCAAAUGUUUAUUUUUCAAAUAGAACAUUUUUUUGUUAUGUAUUAUAUGCGUAGAAAAGAUACAUUGUUAAAGAAGUUGAUUUAUAUUUGUCUUGUGGCACAGCUUGGUUACUGUAUUGAUCUUUCAUUUAGUCCUUUCUGAUAAAAUCUAAAAGUUCCACUGUUAGGGUCACUAUGCCCAAUAAACCUUUUUAUUUAAAAUAU